AAAAAACCAAAACGUCAGCCCAGCCACUGGCGCACAGUGAUGACGCAAGCAGGCAUGCUCGAAGUUUGCGACGUUAUUUAUCGUGGAGGCUUCAUUCGACUUCAGUGUUAACAGCAAACCGCAGAGUUCAGUGUUUUAACAAAAUGUCUUGCCACGACGAUGAAUGCUCGGAGGAUCACGGACCAGCUGGCCAGUCGAAGUUGGAGAGCUUCCUUUUUAGCUGCGAGCUGUCCUCUAAAGUGCCUUUCUACACUUUCCAAGGCGACGAAGAGGAGGACCUGGAGCACUUCCUUGAACUCAGAACAGUGUGUCUGGGAGAGGGUGCCAAGGAGGAGAGUAAUGUGGUGGAGGUAACGGCCAUGAACCACCAAGGAAAGACUAUUUCAGUGCCCAUCGCCAGCCUUCACAUCAGCUGUCUGCCUAUGGUGAGUCUGGGAGAGUUUGAGCUGAAAGCCCCGGUGACCAUCCGGCUCAAGGCUGGGACAGGACCAGUUACCGUCAGCGGGUUACACCUCAUAGCCUCACAGGUUGAAGAGUCUGACCUUUCUGAUGAGGAUGAUGAGGAUGAUGAGGAUGAUGAUGACGAGGAGGAGGAGGAAGAGAUCACCCCAAUUAAACCAGCAAAGAAGAAGCAAAAGCAGUAGGCGGAGAAGUCCCUGUUAGAUUUUUGGAAUGGCCCCACUUAGAAAUAUUUCUUUUGUACCGGACGGACACAUUUUGCAAAGUUACUACUUUUUCCACACAGCCGAGGGAAUGCUUAACUUGGCUGAACACGCUGUUGGAGGAACUGACAUCACGACGGGCUUUGACGUUCUCACCUCUCCACCCGUCAGUUUCUCGCCGUGAGUUCUUAGUCUCAGCAGUGAAAUUAACUGCGGUUACAACAAUCCAUCAUAGAAGUACUGCUUUUGCUACUUAAUGCAACCCAGUCACCACUGAUGGAUUUAAUGCACCAGUGGUUGAGUGAGUGUGUGUGUGUGUGUGUGUGUUUUACCAGUUUAUUAAAUGUUGUUGGUGCACAAGAGUAUCUUCAUUUCCAGUUGUUUGUAGUUCCAAAACUGCUGUUUUUCUAUGCGAUAUGUCAACCAUAAAUGUGAAGCUUUUGUACUUCUGGUGAAUGCAUCAAAAUA